CUGGGACAGGUUCUGUCCCCGGGGCGGCCGGCCAACUUGAAGAAACCGGACUCCCAACCCCUGGAGCUUUGGCCGACUUUCCUCUAAGGAAAAAGCAACCCAGACGGAGAUAUACCUUGAGAAGGCGGGUCAAACCCAAGGACCGGGUAGAGUCCCCAUGGAGGUGUGGAGCCUUGUCACCGAUCUGUAACUGUAGAACUGGGAUGUGGAGCUGGAAGGGCCUCCUUUUCUGGGCUGUGCUGGUCACAGCCACACUCUGCACUGCCAGACCAGCCCCAACCUUGCCUGAACAAGCCCGGCCUUGGGGAGCCCCCGUGGAAGUGGAGUCCUCUCUGGUGCACCCGGGCGACCUGUUGCAGCUUCGCUGUCGGCUAAGGGAGGAUGUUCAGAGCAUCAACUGGCUGCGGGACGGGGUGCAGCUGGUGGAGAGCAACCGCACCCGCAUCACAGGGGAGGAGGUAGAGGUGCGGGAUGCCGUCCCCUCGGAUUCCGGGCUCUACGCCUGUGUGACCAACAGCCCCUCAGGCAGCGACAUCACCUACUUCUCCGUCAAUGUCUCAGAUGCUCUCCCUUCCUCAGAAGAUGAUGAUGAUGAUGAUGAUUCCUCAUCAGAGGAGAAAGAGUCAGAUAACACUAAGCCAAACCGUACGCCCGUGGCUCCAUACUGGACAUCACCAGAAAAGAUGGAAAAGAAAUUGCAUGCAGUACCGGCGGCUAAAACAGUGAAGUUCAAAUGCCCUUCAAAUGGCACCCCUAACCCCACUCUACGUUGGCUGAAGAAUGGCAAAGAAUUCAAACCGGACCAUCGGAUCGGGGGCUACAAGGUCCGCUAUGCCACCUGGAGCAUCAUAAUGGACUCAGUGGUGCCAUCGGAUAAAGGCAACUACACUUGCAUCGUAGAGAAUGAAUAUGGCAGCAUUAACCAUACCUACCAACUGGAUGUUGUGGAGCGGUCACCUCAUCGGCCCAUCCUGCAGGCUGGAUUGCCUGCCAAUAAAACGGUGGCUUUGGGCAGCAAUGUGGAGUUUAUGUGCAAGGUGUACAGUGACCCACAGCCUCACAUCCAGUGGUUAAAGCACAUCGAAGUGAAUGGGAGUAAGAUUGGUCCAGACAACCUGCCGUAUGUGCAAAUUCUAAAGACGGCCGGUGUUAAUACCACUGACAAAGAGAUGGAAGUGCUUCACUUAAGGAAUGUCUCCUUUGAGGACGCGGGGGAGUAUACAUGCUUGGCGGGUAACUCUAUCGGACUCUCCCAUCACUCUGCAUGGCUGACCGUUCUGGAAGCCCUGGAGGAGAGACCAGCAGUGAUGACUUCGCCUCUAUAUCUUGAGAUCAUCAUCUAUUGUACGGGGGCUUUCCUCAUCUCCUGCAUGGUGGGGUCCGUCAUCAUCUACAAGAUGAAGAGUGGUACCAAAAAGAGUGACUUCCACAGCCAAAUGGCUGUGCACAAGCUGGCCAAGAGCAUCCCCCUGCGCAGACAGGUGUCUGCUGAUUCUAGUGCCUCCAUGAACUCAGGGGUCCUGCUGGUUCGGCCUUCACGCCUUUCUUCUAGUGGGACCCCUAUGCUGGCAGGUGUCUCAGAGUAUGAACUUCCUGAGGAUCCCCGCUGGGAACUGCCCCGGGACAGGUUGGUUCUAGGCAAACCACUGGGAGAGGGCUGCUUUGGACAAGUAGUAUUGGCAGAAGCUAUUGGAUUAGAUAAGGAUAAACCCAACCGGGUGACCAAGGUGGCAGUGAAGAUGCUGAAAUCGGAUGCAACAGAAAAGGACCUGUCAGAUCUGAUCUCAGAAAUGGAGAUGAUGAAGAUGAUUGGGAAACACAAGAACAUUAUCAACCUGUUGGGGGCCUGCACACAGGAUGGCCCUCUCUAUGUCAUUGUGGAAUACGCCUCCAAGGGCAACCUUCGUGAAUACCUGCAGGCCAGGCGUCCCCCUGGGCUCGAGUACUGCUACAACCCCAGCCAUGCCCCAGAAGAGCAACUCUCCUCCAAGGACCUAGUGUCUUGUGCUUAUCAGGUGGCCAGAGGCAUGGAAUAUCUUGCCUCAAAGAAGUGCAUCCACCGGGAUCUGGCAGCCCGGAAUGUCUUGGUGACUGAAGACAAUGUGAUGAAAAUUGCAGACUUUGGUCUUGCUCGGGACAUCCAUCACAUUGACUACUACAAAAAGACAACCAAUGGUCGCCUGCCUGUGAAGUGGAUGGCUCCUGAAGCACUGUUUGACCGAAUCUAUACACACCAGAGUGACGUGUGGUCAUUUGGGGUGCUGCUUUGGGAAAUUUUCACCCUGGGAGGCUCCCCUUACCCUGGUGUGCCUGUAGAGGAGCUUUUCAAGCUGUUGAAGGAAGGUCAUCGAAUGGACAAGCCCAGCAAUUGCACCAAUGAACUAUACAUGAUGAUGCGGGACUGCUGGCAUGCGAUCCCUUCUCAAAGGCCUACCUUCAAGCAGCUUGUAGAGGACUUGGAUCGAAUUGUGGCCCUGACCUCUAAUCAGGAGUACCUGGAUCUAUCAGUACCCCUGGACCAGUAUUCACCCAGCUUUCCAGACACCCGCAGUUCUACUUGCUCCUCCGGAGAGGACUCAGUCUUUUCCCAUGACCCACUGCCUGAGGAGCCCUGCCUGCCCCGACAUUCAGCCCCACUGGCCAAUGGGGGACUCAAACGGCGCUGACAUUCCCCCACAACUAACUCCAUAAACUGAUAUCCUUACCCCUGACUCUUGGUUGGGUUCAUCUCCCUUCCUUUUUUCCUUAUUUCUGGCCACAGGAGUUGGCUGCCCACAACUCAAGGCCUUCCCUUUGUUGCCCAACUCUAUCCCACUGAGCUGAUUUCCCUUACGUCAAUUAAUGUCAGUCCCCUCUGCUGGGUAAAGGGGGAAAAGAGGUACUUCCAGUUGGUUACUUCAUUCCCCUUAACCUUGGACCAGGACCUCUCCCUGUCUGGAAGGCAGAGAGAAUGGGGAGUGGGCAUGGAAGUGAAAGCUAACUGGGCUCUCUCUGGUACUGUUUUUAUUUUAACCUACUAGCCUCUCACAUGCUGGUGGCAGGUGCCUUGUCCUCAGGCUGCAGCAUGGGGAGGUUAGUCAGUCAGUGCCUCAGGCCCCCAAUGAAGGUGACCUCAGCUCCAGAAAGGUGGUACUAGUGGCUUAUUAAUUCCAAUAUUAAUUUGCUUUGCUGACCAAACACACCUGGUACCAGAGGAUGGUGGGGCAAAGGCUGGGGGCUAUCUGUGGCCCUGGGGCCCAGCCCCAUUCUGGGGCGUUGUAUAUAACUAUGAAGAAAACACAAAGUGUAUAAAUCUGAGUAUAUAUUUACAUGUCUUUUUAAAAAGGGUUGUUACCAGAGAUAUACCCAUUGGGUAGGGCGCUCCUAGUGGCUGGGAGACAUCAGUUGCUAUAUAUUGAAAAAAAAGAAAAAAGAAAAAAAAGGAAAAACAUUUUAAAAAAAGGUCAUAUAUUUUUUUGCUACUUUUGCUGUUUUAUUUUUUUAAAUUAUGUUCUAAAUCUAUUUUCAGUUUAGGUCCCUCAAUAAAAAUUGCUGCUGCUUCAGUUUUA